CUUUUGUUUCCAAGGGUGGGAGAGGUCUGAGGUGUGAAUUGUCAUUAACAUAUCUUUUGUUUCCAAGAGUGGGAGGGGUCUGAGGUGUGAAUGGUCAUUAACAUAUCUUUUGUUUCCAAGAGUGGGAGGGGUCUGAGGUGUGAAUGGUCAUUAACAUAUCUUUUGUUUCCAAGGGUGGGAGAGGUCUGAGGUGUGAAUUGGUCAUUAACAUAUCUUUUGUUUCCAAGGGUGGGAGAGGUCUGAGGUGUGAAUUGGUCAUUACAAUAUUUUUGCGUUUGAAACGC